AUGCCUCCUAAGCGUCCUACGAAUGUGGGUUCUCCUAGGGCUGGUUCUGCUACGCCUCCUAAGACGUCGGAGCCGGUGGAUUUCGCGCGGAUACCUGCCUUCUGGGAGGUUGAUCCGUUUCCUGGCGAAUUUAACGUAUCGGCUUUAGGCGAUCUGGAUUUCGGCGGUGGAAUUCUUUAA